GUUAGGGUGUCAGCUUUAGAAAAAUUGUUCGUUGCUUUAGUUUUUCUCAGCACAUGUUCGAGGUUGUAUCUAAAUUCGUGUAUUGUAUGUAUCUAUUUACUGUAUGCGUUCUUUUAGCGGAGAUUCGUCGCGUUGCGUGAAAGGGAUCUGUACUUGUGCUCACUGAACAUUCUUCUCGACUACGUUUGCUAGUGGCACCGAAUUUCAGCUGAGACGUAGCGUGAAAUUUUGUUUGGUUCUGCGCAUAACUGUUAUUUGUAAGGUUAUACACCGUCAUUCAUACUAUCUAUUCGCUGAGUACGUGUAAUCACGCUAGAUUUAUUCGUGGCCGUGUGGGUAUUUUCUUGAAAAGUAAAUCACGUCUAAUUCGCAUACUAUCGAAAUCGAUACCGGCUUAAGGAGUUGGAUAUUUCGCGUUUGAAAAUUUUGCGCGCGUAUUGUGAACUGGCUGGUGAUUCAGGGCUACGACACCGGAGGCUAGUGGGAGCGUGAGUAAUACCGUAUGGUGUAGUGUGAAAGUACAGUGUAAUUUCUUCCUUAAAAAUCGUCUUACCUAUGUGGUCCUUAAAUUAAAAAUUUGUGCUCCCCGUUUUAUCCGAAGUUCGGCGUUGAUUCUUGUGUCUCUAGUGAAGGAGUUUUCGUGAACCAAAAGUGCUCAUAGUGUCCCCUGUCUAGUGAAUUCAUUUCGAAUUGGAUACUCAAGCCCCAAGUUUACGAGUUCACAAGAAUAUGGUGAAAAUUUUUGGACUGCCUCUUGGCCAUACCAGUAGCAGUCCUUCUGCAACCACAGCAUCCGGAGCAUCAACCGCAGCACCGAUAAUUCGUCAGCUCUAUGCCUUACUGUUUGUCUGUGUUGCCAAUGCCUUCGUAGUGCGAGCCUCAGCUGGUCAAUCCAAUGCAACACCAACGGCGGCAGUGACACCUUCGCAAACACCGCAAACGCCUACAGCACCGGUGACAAUUAGCAACUACCCCGCUGGGACAUUUGGCGCCAAGUUAUUGGAUACCUUGAACUUCUUGAAUGUUUCCGGAAAAGCGGGAACUGCUCUUGGACUAACUCAAUACGUCCAAGCCAAUUGCCAAGAAAAACAAUUUCGUUGUGGAAAUAAUGUUUGCAUUCACAUAAAUUUUGUUUGUGACAAUGAUCCGGAUUGCGAUGAUAAUAGCGACGAAUUAAUUGCGGAAUGUCAUAAUCCAGCCAAAACAUGCAAAACAGACGAAUUCCAAUGUGCAGCAGGAAACUGCAUACCACGGAGGUUUGUUUGCGAUCAGGAAAGGGACUGCAGCGAUGGAUCCGAUGAAAGUUCCCUAAUUUGCAAUUUUCAAUUGCUAGCCAUCUUUCCACAAAGUUUCAUUUGCAAAAUUGAUGGCGAAAUUAUACCCCGUAGCUGGGUAUGCGAUGGAAUGACCGAUUGUUCGGAUCAUACAGAUGAAGGGAAUUGCGAAACCAAAACAUGCUCAGUUGAGGAGUUCAGCUGCAAAACAGGAGACGGAGAAUGCAUACCACUAGCAUGGGUGUGUGACGAGAGCAAGGAUUGUUCAGAUGGUUCCGACGAGGCAUCAUGCAAUGAAACAUGUCGUUCGGAUGAAUUUGCCUGCAGCAAUGGCCGGUGUAUCCAGAAACGAUGGGUGUGUGACAUGGAUGACGACUGUGGAGAUGGAAGUGACGAAAAAAACUGUGAACCCACAGUGUGUAGCAAAACCAAAGAAUUCACCUGCGCAAAUGGCGCAUGUGUAUCGAAAAAAUGGCGUUGUGAUGGUGAUCCCGAUUGUUUGGAUGGUUCCGAUGAGCUGAAUUGUCCAAAGAACACCACUCGUACCCUGGGAGCGUGCGUUGCCAAGGAACACCUCUGCAAUGAUCGAGUUACUUGCAUCCAUCAAUCAUGGGUAUGUGACGGUGAUUCCGAUUGUCCUGGAGGAGAAGAUGAAAUGCCGCCACUUUGUAAAAACGUCACAUGCAGGGAGGACCAGUAUCAAUGCAAGGACAACACCUGCAUCCCAGGAUAUAUGUAUUGUAAUGGGAAGCGGGAUUGCAAGGAUGGAAGCGACGAAAUUGGAUGCUCCGUUGGAAAGACGACGGUUUGCAAUGAAACAACAGAAUUCAGUUGCGGUGGAGGUGCAUGCAUACCUUGGUCUAAAGUUUGCGAUAAGCAUCCUGACUGCCCAAAUAUGGAGGACGAGCCAUUGGAUAAGUGCAACGUGAACGAAUGCGAAGCCAACAAUGGAGGAUGCACACAACGCUGCAUCGAUUUGCCGAUUGGAUGGCGUUGCCAGUGCCAUAAUGGAUACAAAUUAAUCGACAACAAGACCUGCGUUGAUAUAAAUGAGUGCGAAAUUCCUGGCGCCUGCUCACAAAUUUGCAUAAAUGAAGUGGGGACAUUCAAGUGUGAAUGCGAUCCGGGCUACAUGCGAGAUCCGCGAAACCAUACACGCUGCAAAGCGACCGAAGGACAUGCCUCCCUGCUAUUCGCGAGACGUAACGACAUCCGCAAAAUUGCUCUGGACCAUCCUGAAAUUACAUCCAUUGUCAACGAUACAAAGUCAGCGACUGCUCUUGAUUACGUUUUCCGAACGGGGAUGAUAUUCUGGAGUGAUGUCUCCACCCAAAGGAUAUACAAGGCCCCCAUUGAUGAAGGAAGUGACAAAUCCGUUGUCCUGCGGAACCAUUCUGUAACUUCCGAUGGCCUGGCUGUGGACUGGAUUUACAAUCACGUCUAUUUCACUGACACUCUGAAGUGCACAAUUGAACUGACUAACUUUGAUGGAAAUAUGGGAAAAGUUCUUAUCGAAGACAAUUUGGAUAUCCCUCGUGCGGUGGCUGUGGAUCCAGUUGAAGGAUGGAUGUAUUGGUCAGAUUGGGGGGCAACCCCUAAGAUCGAACGUGCCGGAAUGGAUGGUACUCACCGUCAGGCAAUUGUAACCUACGAUGUAAAAUGGCCAAAUGGAUUAACCCUGGAUCUGGUGCUGAAGCGUGUCUAUUGGGUUGAUGCAAAACUCAAUACCAUUUCAUCCUGCAACUACGACGGUUCGCAGCGUCGUCUCGUUUUGUAUUCGAUAGAUGCGCUAAGGCAUCCUUUCUCCAUUACAACGUUCGAGGAUUAUGUUUACUGGACAGACUGGGAUAAACAGACCGUUUACAAAGCGAAUAAAUUCAACGGAGAAGAUUUAGAGCCCGUGACAGCAUUACAUAUGCUCCAACAUCCGAUGACGAUCCACGUCUAUCAUCCAUACAGACAACCGGAUAGUCCGAACUACUGUCAGUCUGUCAACGGACAUUGUUCGCAUUUAUGUUUACCUGCCCCCAGAAUUUCAGAGCGUAGUCCUCGCAUCACAUGCGCCUGUCCAACAGGUUUGAAACUUAUGUCAGAUGGUCUAAUGUGUGUUGAAGAUGCUACUUCGACAACAGAAUCGCCUGCUAGGAAAGCGUCCUCAUCGUCUAGUAGCUCCACCGGUCGUCAUAAUAGUUCAUCUAUGUUCAGUGAAAAAGAUAGAUUGUUGCAUGAUGGUGAUAAUAUGAAAACUAAUGAAAGUUUUUACAAUCAUGGUGCGCGACCAGGGUCAAAUGUAUCGCAUCCAGAUGGAACCAUUGUACAUCCGGCCAAGGAGAAUAAUCAAAGCGCCAUAUUGAUGAUAACUUUCGGUAUAGCGGGAAUCGUAAUGGCAGUAGUUAUUGUUUCCUACUUCAGCUAUAGGCACUGUAACCGACGGAAUCUUACAUCAAUCAACUUCGAUAAUCCUGUUUACCGUAAGACCACUGAGGGUCAAUCAAUUAACAUGGAGAAGAGCAAAACCAGCUAUCCCAGUACUGUGGACGAAGAGAUCCUUGAACCGUUGAACACCUCCGGAACCGAGUGUGUUUAGUACCGGAAGCACCGCUGGCGUAGUAAAGGCAACCAACCACGUUGUUUAAAGGUGAUAUGUAGCGUUUAAGUUUUCCUCGCCCCGGGUAAUAGUUUUCGAAGCAGAAAAAUGCAUCUAAAUUCGAUUUUCGGCCCCUUAGUUCUGUCAAUCUAUCUGAUUUGAUACACAACGCAACCUUUCCCAUCGGAACAAAUCACGGUCUAAAUUCUUUCAAACUCCAGCAGUAAACAACGCCUAAAUGUAAAACACAGAGGCCAAUAACAUGUAGAAAUUAAGUCUUCAAAAAAAGAUAUUUAUUUGUUUAUAGUGCGCUUUAUGCUUCUUUAGAGUAACUAAAUGCAUCAAAUGGAGAUAUUCUUUUCAAAGGGAACUCAUUCGCGAAAAGUAAAGUACUUUGGACAAAAAAAUUCAAAAUUUCUAAUGAAAAAAUAGAUUUGUACGAAUGCGGAUUAAAUUUCCCUUCCCAAUUGUUUGUAGAUUGUGUGAUGAUAGUUGUUUAGUUGUAAAAUAGCAAAAAAUUUAAAGAAGAUACGCAAACUUUUUAAAAGGAACUUUGUUAACUUUUCUGAUACAUAAGUGAAUGUAUACACGAAACUCUAAAUUAACAGGAGAAAGGAUAGUAAAUAAUAUUAACUUCAUUUGUAUUUCAAACAAAAUAAAAUUUUCAAAAUAUCCGAGUAAGUGAAAAAGA